CAGAACAAGCAUUGGAGCAUGUCCAUAUCCAAAGCUUGAAUACCUUUGGAUGGACUAAUAUAUAUAUAUAUCAUUUCUAUAGGUCCACAAUGUAGUCCUUGGGAUCCCCUUUGAAGGCAAAACACUUCUUCUCUUUUGUUCAGAAAAAGCAUUGUUGGAUCACCUUAUUUGUCCUGAACCCUAGAUAUUUCAACUGAUACUUCGCUGGCUUUAUACAAAACCCUGAGAAAUAGCUCACCAACUCCUAAGCCCAUCACUACAAGCAUCUCUGCCCCUUCCCUUCUAGCUUUCCCCAUUCACCAGCAUUGUGACCUCUUAAAACAAGAAUUCUGCCGCCUUAUCUCUCAGGCUCUCACUAAAUCUCCCAUGGAGAAGAAAAAUAUCCAAGUUCUCUAUAUUUCUAUCCUUCUAACCCUUCUUUUCAGUAUGAUAUCUUUGUCUUUGUCAUCAAUAUUUGAACAAAACUAUGAGCUUUACCAAAGUAUCAAAACAGAUGCAGAAGCUCUGCUUCUAUUCAAGAAGACAAUUGAGAAGGACCCUGGUGGAGUUCUUUCCAAUUGGAAGCCUGGAAGAAACCCAUGCAACUGGUUUGGAGUCUCAUGCACUCUUGGCCGAACAACACAGCUAAAUCUCAGUGGAUGCAAUCUCUCAGGAAGACUCUCGUUCUACCCUCUAUCAUUUCUUACCAUGCUUUCUUUCCUCAAUAUCUCCAGCAAUUCCUUCUCCAUCAAUUCCACUAGCCUAGUUCAGCUCCCUCAUGCACUGCAAAAGCUUGAUCUCUCCUCUGCAGGGCUUUCUGGAAUCAUACCCCAAAAUUUUCCGUCAUUUCAUGCCAAUAUAGUGCAUGUUGAUCUCUCACACAACUUAAUCGAAGCUAUUCCAGAGAAUCUCAUUGCUGAAUUGAAGAAUUUUCAAUUCCUUGACCUCUCGUUCAACAACAUAUCAAACACCAUGUCCAGCCUAAACUUUGGAAACUCCUGCAAGAGCUUGCUGCACAUGGAUCUCUCAAAUAAUCACCUAACCGGUAGAAUUCCAAACUCCUUGUCCAAUUGCACCAGCAUCAAAUUCCUGAACCUCUCUUACAAUGCACUAGCUGGGGAGAUACCUGAUUCUUUUGCCCUACUCCGAAGCCUUGAGAGGCUAGACCUCUCUGGCAAUCACUUCACUGGUUCAAUCCCAGAAGGACUAGGCAAUGCCUGUGGAUCCCUUCAACAACUGAAGCUCUCCACAAAUAACAUUUCCGGCUCAAUACCAAACUCCUUCUCCUCCUGUUCCUCCCUCCAGUUGUUAGACUUAGCCAACAACAACAUCUCUGGUCCAAUUCCAGAAGACGUUCUACAAAACCUCUCAUCCCUUGAGAGUUUAUUGCUGAGCAAUAACUUUAUAUCAGGGUCAUUCCCAAGCUCUAUCUCUGCCUGCAAGAGCUUAAGGAUAGCAGACUUCAGCUCAAACAAGCUCACUGGUCCCUUGCCGCCAAAUAUCUGCCCAGGAGCCACCUCCCUAGAAGAGCUUUCUGCCCCAGACAAUAUGAUCACCGGUAAUAUCCCAUCUCAAUUGUCCCUCUGCUCGCAGCUGAGGACAAUUGAUCUCAGCAUAAACAACCUUGAAGGCUUGAUCCCACCAGAGCUCGGCCGCCUUCAUAACCUGGAACUGCUGAUGCUAUGGUUCAACGGCCUCAGCGGAAGCAUUCCUGCAGAACUUGGCCUGUGCCCAAAGUUGAAGAACCUGAUCCUCAACAACAACUUCAUCAGUGGCGACAUACCUUUGCAGCUCUUCAACUGCAGCGAUCUGGAGUGGAUAUCUCUCACCAGCAACCGCAUCACCGGAAGCAUCCCCAGUGAGCUGGGCCGCCUCUCGCGCCUUGCCGUGUUGCAGCUGGCCAACAAUAGCCUCAGGGGCAAGAUUCCGCCAGAACUCCGUAAUUGCACCAGCCUUGUGUGGUUGGAUCUCAACAGCAACAGACUCUCAGGGGAGAUCCCGCCACGCCUUGGCCGGCAGCUGGGAGAAAGGGCUCUCAGCGGCAUUUUGUCAGGCAACACGCUGGCUUUUGUGCGGAAUGUGGGGAAUUUAUGCAAGGGCGUGGGAGGGUUGCUGGAGUUCGCCGGUAUCCGGCCGGAGAGGCUCCUCCAGGUACCGACGCUGAAGUCGUGCGACUUCACCAGGCUUUAUUCCGGUGCCGCUCUGAAUGACUGGACACAUUACCAGACCCUUGAGUACCUCGACCUUUCCUAUAACGAGCUACACGGGUGGAUACCCGAUGAGUUUGGGAACAUGGUAGUACUCCAGGUGCUCGACCUCGCGCACAACAGACUGUCCGGCGAGAUCCCUGCGUCGCUCGGCCGACUGAGGAAUCUAGGAGUUUUCGACGCGUCGCAUAAUAAACUCCAAGGUGAGAUACCUGAUUCCUUUUCGAAUCUCUCCUUUCUGGUUCAAAUCGAUCUGUCAGAUAACAACCUGACGGGACCGAUCCCAACAAGGGGGCAGCUCAGCACUCUCCCGGCGAGCCAAUACGCGAAUAACCCGGGCCUCUGCGGGGUCCCGCUGCCCCCUUGCCAGGUGAGCCGUGAACUCCCGCCGGCGGCUGGAGAGAAUUUAGGGAGGAGGAGCAACCGGCCGGCCGCAGCGGCCUGGGCGAACAGCGUGGUGCUCGGGGUGUUGAUGUCAGUGGCAGUGAUUUGCGUUGUGAUCGUGUGGGCGAUCGUGGCGAGGGCUCGGCGGCGGGAGGCGGAGGAGGCAAAAAUGCUCGGCAGCCUCCACGCGGCGCACGCGGCGACAACUUGGAAGAUCGGGAAAGAGAAGGAGCCGCUCAGCAUCAACGUUGCCACGUUCCAACGCCAGCUACGAAAGCUGACGUUCUCACAGCUGAUCGAGGCGACCAACGGAUUCUCCGCCGCGAGCAUGAUCGGGAGCGGAGGGUUCGGGGAGGUAUUCAAGGCCACGCUAAAGGACGGUUCGAGCGUCGCCAUCAAGAAGCUGAUCCACUUGAGUUACCAAGGGGAUCGGGAGUUCACCGCAGAGAUGGAGACGCUGGGAAAGAUCAAGCAUCGAAACCUAGUACCACUGUUGGGCUACUGCAAGGUCGGCGAAGAACGUUUGCUGGUAUACGAGUACAUGAGAUACGGAAGCCUCGAGGACAUGCUUCACGGGAGACGGCGGGAGCGGGAUACGGCACUGAACUGGGAUGAGCGGAAGAAGAUAGCUCGCGGGUCAGCUAAGGGACUCUGCUUCCUGCACCACAACUGCAUUCCGCACAUUAUACACAGGGAUAUGAAAUCGAGUAACGUCCUGCUCGACGGGGAGAUGGAAGCGAGGGUUUCAGAUUUCGGAAUGGCGAGGCUAAUCAGCGCUCUCGACACUCAUCUGAGCGUGAGCACGUUGGCCGGAACGCCCGGCUACGUCCCGCCGGAGUAUUACCAGAGCUUCCGGUGCACGGCCAAGGGGGAUGUAUAUUCGUUCGGAGUAGUGUUGCUAGAAAUCAUCACCGGGCGGCGGCCGACCGAUAAGGAGGAUUUUGGCGAUACAAAUCUUGUGGGAUGGGUGAAGAUUAGGCUUGGGGAGGGGAAGGGGAGAGAGGUUUUGGAUAAGGAGCUGCUGACUGAAGCUGUGAAUGGGAUUGGGGAGAUAGAGUUGAGGGAAAUGGAGGGAUUUCUUGAGAUUGCUUUGAAGUGCGUAGAUGACUUUCCGUCGAAGAGGCCGAGCAUGCUGCAGGUGGUGGCGAUGCUAAGGGAGCUCGGCGAUGGCUCUCUUGUGGAGGUAGAGAGUCGAGCUCAGGAAACAUCGAUUUGAUCCUUCAUACUAUUACUGUUGAUCGCUGUUCAACUUGAUCAUGGAUCAGCUUCAGUAAUGCUAUGGAUAUAAAUCCAGAUUCUGAGAGUAAAUGAUAUCGCAAUGCCAUUCUGCACUGAAUUCAGUUGUAUUGGUUUGUUCUGUCUUCCUGAUUUUAUACAGAGAAACCCUAAAUUAGAAAAUACGAGUUACAAUAAAUCAAUAGUCUCUUUUGAAUCA